AUGUGUCUCCGACUACGGGUGCGGUAUCAGGUUACAGGUGCCUACCUGGAUAGAGAGAGACAGUCUCGUUGCUACCUUCCUCUUUCUAUUCUCAUCCUCUACAAUAUCAUCUUACCUUUGCAUUCAAGCAAUCACAUACUCAAACAGAACACACAAGCCCUCACAUAUCCAUAUCUCAAAAUGUCUGAAGCAACCUUGAAGCUCGGUGACUCCCUCCCAGAGGGCGUCAAGUUUGGCUGGAUCCCACCUACCCCCGAAAACGCAGAUAUCAAAGCAUGCGGAAUGCCAAUUAUCUACAACGCAUCCAAGGAAUGGGCCAACAAGAAAGUCGUCAUCUUCUCCCUCCCCGGUGCAUUCACCCCUACCUGCAGCGCAUCGCAUUUACCAGGCUACAUUGCCAAUCUCCCUGCUCUCCGCGAGAAGGGCGUCGAUGUCGUAGCUACCAUUGCUUACAAUGAUCCUUUCGUUAUGAGCGCAUGGGGAAAGGCAAAUGGAAUUCACAAUGAGGAUAUUCUCUUCCUCUCCGACAACCAAUGUGCCUUCUCCAAACUCCUCGGCUGGACCGAUGGUGAACGUACCGGCCGCUACGCUCUCAUCAUCGACAACGGAAAGAUUGUAUAUGCAGAGAAGGAGCCUGGAAAGGGAGAGGUCACUGUUUCCGGAGCUGAGGCUGUUUUGAGCAAGUUGUAGACGCUUGACGGAUGGAGGAAUUAAUAAAAUACUAAUACACAUACACAUAUGAUUUGGAGCGAGAUUUGAGCAUGAGUUAUAGAUUAGAUGGUUAGACUGGCUAUAUAGAAAUGGAUAGAGGAGAAUACUAUAUAGAUCUCUACUCUGAACGUUGUAUAUGAGCGUUGUCUAGUUCUUAUUCUAAUGAUGCUUUUCUAUCUUUUAUCCCAAUCACAUGCAUGCGUAAGAUCGAAUGAUGCAAAUACCUCGAAGUUACUA